CAUACUCUUCACAUGAAGAGUAUAUAUGAAUAGGGUAUGGAAAUGAAUGUUUGUCUGGAACAAGCAUUAAUUAAUCUCUGAAAUUCACGCCUCGUUUCUUCACAAACAAUUAAUGGAAGUCGGUAUUAUAAUCUAGUUACUAUAAAUAAUUGUGGCAUUAUUUUUUUAGAUAGCGAGAAAAAAAAAACGAAAACGAAAACAAACACGUUGCAGCUAUCCUUCCUUAUAAAUACUAGUCACCACGAGUCUCAUCUCAUCUCAUGCGUACGCAGGCGCCGUGAAGGAGAUGGUAAAGUUCUCGAAAGAAUUGGAAGCGCAGCUCAUCCCAGAAUGGAAAGACGCAUUUCUCAACUAUUGGCAGCUCAAGAAACACAUCAAAAAGAUUAAGUUGGCAACAAAAUCCAAACAUGCUCAACACUCCCACUGCGAUUUCGGUCGAUCCAUUUUCGACCCCAUUCGCUCUCUCGCCGGAAAAAUCUCCGCUGCCGCCGUCCACAAAUGCACCCAAAAUAAUCAGAUGAAAAGCAAAAUUAGUAUAAUUGGUGAAGACGAAGAAGAAGUUGAUGAAACUGAGCAUGCUCAGCUCUUCUCUGAAGAAUAUGAGGUUAAGCUAUUUUUCGAGAUUUUAGACGAUGAGCUGAAGAAAGUAAAUGAAUUUUAUACGGAAAAAGAGAGUGAAUUUGUUGAAAGAGGAGAAUUACUGAAUAAGCAGCUGCAGAUAUUGCUGAACCUCAAACGUGUUCUAAGCGCUCGGCGCCACAGGAAAAUCCCGCCGCCUAAGACCGGCGGCGGCGACUCGGGGGUUCUCUCUACGCCUGACUCGCCGUCGUGGCGACGGAACUCGGACUUUUCCGAGUGUGGCACGGAUGAAGCAACCGACGACGUGAUAGCUGCACUAGAGAAAAAUGGCGUCAAAUUCGACUAUUCAUCAAAGCCAAAGAAAGGGAUGAAGCCUAAGAUAACAAUGAGAAUAGAUAUUCCGGCGACGACGCCGGCGCGCACCAUCUCCGCCGUCACAUCAAUGCUGCGUGAGGAUUUACCCAAAAAACGCGAAUGCAUCAACACAAACAAGAUUCAGUCUGCUGAAAAGAUGAUACGAGGGGCAUUUGUCGAACUUUACAGAGGCCUAGGCUUGCUUAAGACAUACAGCUCGCUGAAUAUGGUUGCCUUCACAAAGAUACUCAAGAAAUUCGACAAGGUAUCGAAUCAGCAGGCAUCAGCAGAUUACCUGAAAAGAGUGAAAAGGUCCGAUUUCAUCACUUCAGAUAAGGUGGUAAGAUUGAUGGACGAAGUGGAGUCCUUAUUCACAGAGCACUACACCAACAAUGACAGGAAGAAAGCCAUGAAGUUCUUGAGGCCACUGCAUCACAAAGACUCCCACCUUAUCACCUUUUUCGUCGGUUUAUUCACAGGUAGUUUUGUGACAUUAUUUUGUGUCUAUGCAAUCUUGGCACAUAUAAGUGGCAUGUUCUCACCAGCAACACAGACUGCUUAUAUGGAAACAGUCUAUCCAAUUUUCAGCAUGUUUGCAUUGCUGAGCCUGCACUUGUUCAUGUAUGGUUGCAAUCUGCUUAUGUGGAAGAACAGCAGGAUAAACUACAACUUCAUCUUCGAGUUCCAACCGAGCAACGCCCUCAAGUAUAGGGACGCUUUCCUCAUUUGCACCUCUUUGAUGACUGCAGUUGUUGGUGCUUUGGUGCUGCACCUCGUCUUGCUUUCAACGGGCUUCUUCCCUCAUGAGGUCGACCUCAUUCCCGGGAUCUUGCUGCUGUGUGCUCUGCUGCUGCUGGUAUGCCCAUUGAACGUGUUUUACCGGCCAACACGCUACUGCUUCCUUAGAGUAAUCCGGAACAUCAUCUGCUCCCCGUUUUACAAGGUUUUGCUGGUGGACUUCUUCAUGGCUGAUCAGCUCACUAGCCAGAUCCCAUUGUUAAGGCACCUGGAAGCCGUGUCGUGCUAUCUUAUAGCAGGAGGGUUCAAAGUGCAGCGUUUUGAGAUGUGCAAGUCAGGGAAGAUGUAUAGGGAGCUGGCUUAUGUCAUCUCCUUCGCACCCUACUACUGGCGAGCAAUGCAGUGUGCAAGGAGAUGGUUCGACGAGAGCAAUCCGGAUCACCUUGCUAAUCUGGGGAAGUAUGUCUCGGCCAUGAUGGCAGCAGGGGCGAGGCUUACGUACGCCAGGCAGCCGUCGCGGCUAUGGCUGUGCGUAGUUUUGGUGACUUCAGUGGUGGCCUCAAUUUACCAGAUGUAUUGGGACUUUGUUAAGGAUUGGGGGCUUCUCAAUAGGAAGUCCAAGAAUCCAUGGCUCAGGGAUGAUUUGGUGCUCAAGAACACUAGCAUUUACUAUAUAUCCAUAGCAUUGAACUUUGUCCUGAGAAUACUAUGGGUGGAGGCGGUGAUCAAAUUCAACGCUGGGACGUUGGAGACGCACAUGCUCGACUUUUUCUUAGCUUCAAUGGAGGUGAUAAGGCGCGGACACUGGAACUACUACAGGUUGGAAAAUGAACACCUGCACAAUGCUGGCAAGUUUAGAGCAGUCAAGACAGUGCCCUUACCGUUCAAAGAGAUGGAUUCGGAGUGAGAUGACGUGUAUAUAGAUGCAUCAGAAUUGCUUGCAAGGAGGAGGAGACGACAUUUCGACUAACCAUGACCCUCCACAUAGCUAUCAAUGACACAGGGCACUCAAGCAAUCAACUAAGAGAGUUUCUAGCAACAACUUCUUGGUUGAGCAGUGCUGAUAACCACUCCAGUUUAUGACAGAUAUACCUCAGUGCAAUCGCGAGCUGUGUCUACCCUAUCGUGUCUAGCAAUCUUCGUGUACCUUAUUAGUCUAGACACUUGUAUCUUGAUUUGGUGUAUGAGCUAUAACUACAUAGACAAAAUGUGUCUAUCAAGAAAAUGCAGAGAAAGUGGAUUUCAAUUA